AUGCGGGUUUAUCGCGCGGGUGGGUUUGUCGCGAGUGUGGGGGGGUCGAAUGAGUUGCGUAUGCGGGAGUUUUGGGAGCUUUGUCGGGAGGUUGGGGUCGAGGUUGAUGUUGAGGGUGAUUGGGAUGGGGAUGGGGAUGGGAAGGGUCAGGAGGGAGAGAAGGAUGCGCAAGAGGGGGAGACAGAGCAACAGCAGCAGCAGCAGCAGCAGCAGCAGGAGCACGACUCUUCAGCUGCUCCUGUUGUUCAACAUGUGCCUGUUUCUGCGCCUGAACCUACACCAGAGACUGAGAUUCCCGCAUCUACGGAUCCCGUCAUAUCUCAACCCCCGGUGUCGGAACCAUCACAGCCUAUCCAGAGAUCUACGUCUGUGUCGACGCCGACAAGAUCAACGGCUCCGAACUCCCCACCUGCGUCUACGCAGCUUUCCCGUACUAGGCCCCAGGCUGAUCCUACUUCGCCGGCUAAUAGCCCAUGGCUAGAUCGUGCUAUUAUUUGCGUGAUUGUCGCGCUGGUGAUUUUGGUCCUUCGGCGGACAAUCGAUCCUGACGAUCUAUAG